AUGCCCCAUAGCUUAGAAGGCCGAUAUAUCAGACUUCAAGUUGUCCGCGUAAAAAGUCUUCAAGUCCCUUCCGAGCGCAUUCCCGCAGGCAUCUACGUAUCCAUCGAUGUCGACUUGACAAGAUGUUGGAUAUCAGCCAUCAGAGUCCGAUUAUCCGACGAAUUUGUAGCGCGGGGCAAUCCUCUGACCUCAAUUCCAUGGAGAUUCUCAUCACUAGAUGCGUCACUUGCAUUAUCACUGGACAUCAAAACAUCUUUCGAGCUCGAUCGAAUGCUGGUCAAUGGAGAACUCAUCGGAAAAUUUGACACUUCGUGGGAUGACCUACUCGAUCGCGGAGAUGAGCCCUUGGCAAACAUCUCGUUCUCCGUUCGUGUUGUUCACCCUUUCCUCACGCUGAAUGCUACUGCUGUACAUUCUUGCGACAAUCAGGACGUUACACUGCUUGAUAUGAGUGACAUCAGCUUCUGUUGGCGUUUGCUGACAGAACGCUGGAGUCCAUCGUUGACCACGCAGCGGCUUUUAUCAACCUCGCAUGGGCCCGCCUUGAAGGCUGUAUUUACCUACAGCCUCACCCUUAUCUCUUAUCCACCAUUAGCUCUGCCUGCCCAACAAAAAGAAGUAGUUUGACUGUCCCGCGCAACUCGCUGAUAGGCCACUCUAAAAAUUGAUUGCCUGGUCCCUGAGCUGAUGGAGCAAAUGGAUCCUAAUCAUACGCCACAGCUAUGUAACUUGCUGUCUUGUAAACUCGAAAGAAUCGAACACUAAUACUCUGUCCG